CCUUGUGCUCUAAUUAAUACAUGCACGUCUGCUGCUGUAACGUGCGCUCGGAGCGUUAUUAUAAAAAGAGGAGGCGGUGCUCCAUGACGCAACAGCUUUUAUUAGCCAAUAGAGAGCGCGAUAUGUAAAUGAGCUCGUGUAAAGCAGGAAGUGCGGGUGCGCCUCAGUCUGUCCAUAGAUGAGACGAGGAGGGAAGAAAAUGCUAGAAAGCACCACGGAUAAUGCAACGCUAAAUAAACACACUGUGUCCUAACGACAGAGCACAAAUCUACAUUUGACCAAUACAGGGAAACGGAGCUGUUUGUGAUCGUUUGGGGAACGAGAGAAAUUGACCAGAUCACUGUGACCCACAGUCCACACCCAUAAUAUCAGAGAAUACAAGAUCACAUUCCAAGACCCAUCUAACUUACAAACACAAAUAUGAACACUCAUGAAUCUGAGGUGUACACGGUGGCGCCGGAGAUGCCGGCGAUGUUUGACGGCAUGAAGUUGGCGGCGGUGGCCACAGUUCUCUACGUCAUCGUCCGGUGUCUAAACUUGAAAAGUCCCACAGCUCCGCCGGAUCUCACUUACCAGGAUACAACACUCAGCCACUUCCUGCUCAAGUCCUGUCCUAUUCUGACCAAAGAGUACAUUCCUCCUCUUCUAUGGGGUAAAAGCGGUCAUCUGCAGACAGCCCUCUAUGGAAAGUUGGGUCGGGUCAGUUCACCACACCCGUUCGGCCUGCGCAAAUAUCUGCCCAUGCAGGACGGGGCCACGGCAACUUUUGACCUCUUUGAACCCCUGGCGGAUAAUCAGUCCGGAGAGGACGUCACCAUGGUCAUCUGUCCUGGCAUUGGGAACCACAGUGAAAAGCACUACAUCCGCACGUUUGUGGACCAUUCGCAGAAGCAGGGCUACCGCUGUGCUGUGCUCAAUCACCUCGGGGCCUUGCCGAACAUUGAGCUUACCUCUCCUCGCAUGUUCACCUAUGGUUGUACAUGGGAGUUUGCAGCAAUGGUGGGCUUCAUCAAAAAGACAUACCCCCAGACCAAACUUAUUGUCGUGGGCUUCAGUCUGGGGGGAAAUAUUGUGUGCAAGUUCCUGGGAGAGAACCGAACCAACCAGGAGCGGGUUCUGUGCUGUGUGAGUGUGUGCCAGGGCUACAGUGCACUAAGGGCUCAGGAGACAUUUCUGCAGUGGGACCAGUGCCGUCGUUUCUAUAACUUCCUGAUGGCCGACAACAUGAAGAAGAUCAUUUUGUCCCACAGGGGUGUGUUAUUCGGAGUGGGCUCCACUAAAAUGGUGGAUGCGGAUCUGAGCCGGCUCUACACUGCCACAUCUCUCAUGCAGAUCGAUGACAACAUCAUGAGAAAAUUCCAUGGGCACAACUCUCUGAAGGAGUACUACGAGAAGGAGAGCUGUGUUCAUUACAUUCAUAAUAUAAAUGUGCCUCUGCUGCUGGUGAACUCUGGUGACGAUCCGCUUGUGCACAACUCACUGCUCACCAUUCCUCGCACACUCGCAGAAAAGAAAAAACACGUGGUCUUUAAAAAACACAAUACUAGUUAUACACAUUUUGUCUGA